UGCGUCUCUAUAAAGAUCAAGCGUAUUACGGGUCCCUGUGUCAGUCGAUGAGGUUAGGGUGGCGUAUUUACGCAACGAAAAUUCGUGUCGUCGGCGUACUACGAGCACGCGAUGCGGCUCUGACAGCUCGUUUUAUCGUCCUUGCUACAUCGUUGCAUACACGUCACACGACGGAACGCUGUGUACAGUGCUUAAGGGCUACGCCGGAUUCGUCGUGGUCGGCGGCGACUUUGACAGCGCAUCGCUCGAAGUGAGGUUAAAUUCGGGAGGUGUUUCGGUGCGUGCGUGUGCGUGGCUGUGCACAGAAGAGCAACACACGGCGAUAAUACGAUGACGGCGAUGUUAGUAUCCGUGGCGGAGCUGUCGAACAUUUUCUUCGUGCUCGCGGUCUCGAUAUGCUUCUGCGGCGUCUUCUUGUUUAUCAUCAGGAAUAUGAUCGUGCUUCGUAUUCACGGCGACGAACUGAUGUUUGGAGGGAGUGGAAGCGUAAUGACACAUUCGCCGCGCAUACCUCAGAUGGAGAUGAUGAAGGUCCACAUUCCCUUCACCUUCAAGCUUCACGAAAGUUUCAAGAGCACUUAUACCGAGGUGGAGUGCGAGGUGUCGAGUCAAGUCGAAUACUCUCUGCAGGCUCUCUGGGGUGUCAGCAUAAGGGAGCUUCAUCUGGCGCUCUGGAAGCCCUGGAGCACCCUUAGAGACGCGUCCUUGAACGGCACUCUUCUUCAAGGCCACGCGCAGUACCUCACACCGCCGCAAACGAGGCAGCCCCACGGAGAAGAGACCCUGAGACUGUCGCUUCCGGCGCCGGAAUUGGAGCUAGGAACACCUCCGCGACUCUGUUAUCCUCUGGUGAUCUUCCUGACUCGCAGGGAUAACGGUGAUCCUCAUCCUGACGAAACCGUGGCUCUGGUGAAUGUCGUGCACAUUAAAGACAGCGUGUGCACGUUACCGACCUCGAUCCUGGCGCAAUAUCUGAAGCAAGCCAACGGACAGUUGUCCUGUCUUAAGCAACUGUACCUAGCUACCGGCAACUCGACAAACUACGACGAGGGCGACGUGUCCUCUGGUCUAGGCUCAGCUCUAGCCCUAGCGGAGCCUUGCAACAACAACGGUAGCUCGACUAGAGGCGCUCUGGUUGCCUCCGGUACAGGCGAUCCCGAAGGAUCGUUAUGGAACACAGCCGGAGAACAAUUAUGCGUCGUUUGCCAAUACUUCCCGCUCUCGCGUGCUCUACUACCAUGUAGACACACAUGUAUCUGUGCGUCUUGUUUCGGCAAGCUCGACCGAUGUCCGAUGUGCAGAAGCCCGAUCAAAAGUUACUUCUGUAUCAGGGGCGAGGAAUACAUGCCCCUGGAGACAGAUAUAAAUCCUUGCAAGCAAAGGCAGUCGAGCCACGGACCGACCCAUUGGCUACACGAUUGGAACGACAGGCUUACGGAUUUCCUUGGAUUCGCGCGAUAGAAUACUCAAUUCCUGCUAUUCUAAACAAUUUCUUUCAUUUAGAGAGUGUGUACAGAGAGAGCGGUACGAUGGGAUAAUGACGAGAAAAAAGAAAAGAAAUUGGUCGGAUAGAAGUAGUAUUUUCAAAUGGAUCCAAUUGCUUUUAUUUUUUGGACUCCAUGGAGGAAAGAGUAAUACACAUAUGUAUAAUACUUCAACGUCAUUUUGAGGAAAAGAUGUAAAGAGAGAGAGAGAGAAAGAGAGAGAGAGAGAGAGAGAGAAGGCAGGGCAUUAAUUUAUAACGAGGAAGCCAGAUGGAAUGUAGAUUUUUAUAUGAAUACGUGUAAAAGAAGGAAGAAAAGUUUCCAGGGUAUAAUUUUCUAUAUGUUUUACGGAGACACCUAGCAGAAAGAGAGAGAGAGAGAGAGAGAGAGAGAGAGAGAGAGAGAGAGAGAGAGAGCGGAUUAUGGUUAUGAUUGAUGGUGUUCAGGAUGAUUCCACGAGUUUGUUUGUUUCAAACCUUGGAAAAUCAUCGCGUUACGUUAUUACAGCUUGUUUUUCUCCUUUCAACGAUCGUGUUCUUUUUACGUUCGUCAACUCUGCCUUUAUACUUCCAACCUCGAACGCCAAGACCAAUUGUGUAAUUUUCUAUUGGACGUUUCGAACGAUCUUCGAUAAACGAGGAAUAAAUAAAAAUCGUCCAGUUAAAGAGAUACAAGUACAGAAAAAGAGAGAGAGAGAGAGAGAGAGAGAGAGAGAGAGAGAGAA